UUCAUAUGCCCUUCUUCUUCAUGCUGCUCCUCUGCUCUUCACCAAAGGCCAAGGCGGUGGCCGUAAAUGGCACCAAUGGAUCGGAAACCAUCCAUGAUGGUGGGCCCAUGGGACUUGAACCAGCAGUUUCAGGCUUGAUAAGAGUGGCAGAGGUGCAAGAGGAAAGUAGGCCACAAACAGGACACCAUGAACAUUUCCUAGCAAACAUGGAAAGCAGAUUGAUCUUCAAGAAUCAAGUGCGGUACUUUUUCUAUGUAAUGGAAAACAAUCCCAACGAGGAGAGAACCAUCGUCACUUUCAUUCCCAGCGAGCGGACGAGCCUGACAGCUUUCUGUAUGAAGGCAUUCCAUGCAGUGGAGGAUUUCUCCUUAGAGGCAUUCGCUGCAGCGAUGGAGACAUUUCUGCAUCCAAUAUCCUCCAAAUUCCUGUCAUCCCAGAACAACUCUAAAGACACUUUGUUACCCUCCUCCAAGAAAACAUCAGAGGUUGCAGUUGCUGGAAGUAGCACAAUCAUGGCAAACAGAGAAAGUCACAUGGAUUUCAUGCAGAUUUAUGCUGAAAUUGAAGUUUCCAGAGCCUAUGAAAUAAUGGAUUGUGACAACUAUUCCGAGUUGCAUAUGGAAAGUUUCCAGAGCCUAUUUCUGAUUAUCCCCCUUCUCGGCAUAUUGACAUGGAUACUGAUAUUGAUUUGUAAGCUUAAGAUAGUUCCCAGAUUACAGCAGAUGCAGUGGCAAUGGCAGCAGGCCGUCUCUCUUUCUUGGAAUCACUUGACGUUUGCACACAGUAAGUAGCAAGUUUUAUAAUUUUCUUAGCUACAGUCUCCUGAGCUGUGAGCCUCUCCAUGGCUGGUUCUAGAGCCAGGGUAAAAUAGGAUAGUUGAUGUUCAGUGGGCCCCAAAUUGUAAAAAUUUUCAAUCAACCAUUUAAAAGCCUGCCCCGAAUGGAUGGGAGAGAGGCUAUGAUGAUGAUGAUGAUGAUGAUCUCCUCUGUUUUAUGACUCUGCUUGUCUCUGUUUUGCUUCCAUCUACUACUAUGAAAGAAGAAUUUUGUUAUGGUCGCGACCCAAGAAAUGAAUAAAUCAUCGUGGUUUUUGGUUUGUAUAAGUGGGCGAUGGUUAAAUGAUCCAGACAGUUAAUUUGAUGGGCCCACAGAGGAUGAACCAUGCCUUGAAAAUCUCCUUGACUGGAAGAUCCUGGCCAACUGAUCGUUCACAUUUUCCAGAUGAAUUAGGGGUGCUACACUAAUUUGUUUAUCAGCCAUCUGUUCCUAGGGUGAGAAUGGAUGCAUUGGGAUUGCCCCAUCAAGGAGAUUUUUUUUGGUUCACCAUAAAAUGGACCCACCUUUA